AUGCAAAUGCUACAACAGCCCAGUGUCUCCUCGCUUCUCCUGGCGCUCAAGGAAUGCGGCAGCGCGCGGGAUCUCCAGCGGGGAAGGGUCGUCCAUGGCGAUGCGAUCCAAUCCGGCCUCGCGGCGGACAUCUUUGUCGCCACGACGCUGGUAAGCAUGUACUCCAAAUGUGGCAGCAUGGCCGACGCGCGCAAGGUCUUCGACGCCAUGCCCAGCCGGAAUCUCGUCUCCUGGACCGCUCUCAUGCUGGGAUACGCGCAGAACGGGGAACCCGAGCUCGCGCUGGGACUGUUCCAGCAGCUCCAGCACUGUGCCACUUCGCUGGAUCGAUCGACUCUCCUAGCGGCGCUUACGGCCUGCCGGAAUCUGGCUGCCAAGGGACAGGAGUGCGAGAGCUUGAGAAGGAGCUGCUUAGAGAAGGGGGCGGAAAUCCAUUGCCUUGCUGCGAAGAAUGGAUUAGAAGAAGAUAUCUUCGUGGCGAGUAGCUUGGUGGAUAUGUACGUCAAGUGCGGGAGCUUGGUGGAUGCUCUUCGGGUUUUCCGCGGGAUUCCACGCAACAAUGUGGUCUCGUGGACUGCCAUGGUUUUCGGCUACGUGCAAAACGGGGAGUUCGCGACUGGAUUGGCGCUCUUUGCUCGGAUGCAGCUGGAAGGCUGUGAUCCAGGAGAUCAAACUUUCGUCGCUGCGAUCAAGGCGUGCAGUGGCUUAGCAGCGAAAGAAGAAGGCCGGAAGAGAGAUGGUUGCAAGGUGGUUGUGAAGGUAAAAUCGUUGGAGAAAGGAAGAGUGAUCCACUCUCAGGCAGCCAGACGCGGGUGCGACCCAUUCGUUACGAGUAGCUUGGUGGAGAUGUAUCUCAAGUGCGGGAGUGUGGUGGAUGCUCGUCGAGUCUUUGACGAGAUUCCACGUAAGAAUGUGGUGUCUUGGACGACGCUCAUCCUAGGAUACGUCCAGGUCGGGAAACCAAUGGCCUGCGCGAGCUUGGCAGCUAUGGAAGAUGAGGACGAAGGCAAGACGAAGAAGAGCUCGAAGUCAUUGCUGCUGAGAAAAGGUACGAGCAUUCAUUUUCAAGCUGUUCAAGCGGGUUUUAGUUCUGAUGUUUUCUUGAGCAGCAGCUUGAUCAACAUGUACGCGAAGUGUGGAAGUAUCUUGCGUGCCCAGGAGGUGUUUGACAUGAUGAAGUUUCAUGACGUUGUUUCCUGGACAACGUUGAUCCUUGGGUACGCUCAGAACGGAGAAGGUGAGCAUGCGUUACUUCUCUUUCAAAUAGCUCUUGACAAGAACUUGGUAAACUCUCAGAGCUUCGUUGCAGCUCUGAAGGCAUGCACGAGUCUGGCUUCGCUGGAAGAGCUGGAGGACGCUGACGGGAAGCUGCUUAAACUCGAGAGAGGAAUGGCCGUCCACUCCGAGGCCGCUCGAAGAGGCUACGAGCCGGACAUCUUUGUGGCGAGCACGCUAGUCGACUUUUACGCAAAGUGUGGAAGCCUGGAGGAUGCUAGCCGUGUCUUCAACCGGAUGGAGAAACACAAGUCGGUAACUUGGAAGGCAAUGCUACAGGCUUGCGUCCACAACGGAGGAGCAGAGACGGCACUACACUUGUUCGCGUGCAUGGACUUGGAAGGCUUUGUGCCGGACAGCGGGGCAUUCAGUGUGGCUCUGAAGGCCUGCUCGAGCACCGGAGCACUGGAAGUGGGACGAAGUCUACACAGGGAGCUUCGGAUUUCUGGCCUGAUGGACGACACAAUGGUGGCGAACUGUCUGUUGGACUUCUACGGCAAGUGUGGCAGCAUGGUGGAAGCUCAGGAGGUAUUCAACUCGAUUUCUUCCAGAGAUGUGAUAACUUGGACUUCGCUGAUCGCAGGAUACAGUCAAAGAGGCGAGAUCGACAGAGUUUUCUGCCUGCUCCGCGACAUGAGAGACGAUGGCUUGCAUCCAAACAAAGUGACGCUCCUGGCAGUCUUAAGCGCGUGCAGUCAUGCCGGCCUGGUUGACAGAGGUAAGGAGUUUUUCUUUUCCAUGGGCUCCAAGUAUGGGCUAGCUCCAGAGCUUGAGCAUUACCACUGUGUGAUAGAUAUGCUGGGAAGAGCCAACCAGCUCGAGGAGGCAGUGGCGAUGGUGAAGUCGAUGCCUCACAAAGCCAACGUGGUUACAUGGACGACUGUACUGACCGCCUGCCGGAAGUGGAAGAACGUAGAGGUGGGAAGAAUUGCUUUUGAGUCGCUACUGAGAUUGGAUUCCAGGAACACAGCGGCUCAUGACUUGAUGGCUAACAUUUUAGAGAAUACCCAAGACAAUGCUGCUGGGUUCUAGAUCUGGAAGAACCCAGCGUUUUUCUGUUUAGAUCUACAACUUGGGUAUAUGGAAACUUUCUCUUGCUUCUCUC